ACCAUGGUGGUGAUAUGAUGUUUCUACUCCCUUUUCACAGAAAAGAAUGUCAGUUGUCAGCUGCUGCCUUGCCUAGAAUGCCCUAUUCCUCAAUCUUUUGCCAUGUUUCAUUGAUGAAUUGGGAAACUACCUCCCUCUUUUGAGCUCCAGCUAGUGUUAUCCACCUCCUGCCAAUCUGCCAUACUUGGUCAGCACAAUCCUUGGCCCCUCACGGUCACGGCAUUGUCACUUUGAUCUUGUUUUUUUGACAUGGUAGAGUUCGUCGUUACUGCAAUCUUUGCAGGAUGAAAAAGACGGUUGUGCUUCAUAAGGAAGUCUCCAACAGUGUGUAGCCAGUUGUCUGCACCGGAGAGCUGAGUGUUUGUUGUUUGUUUAUUUCUUAUAUUUUAUAUAUUAUACAAAAGACUCCCUGGGGCAUCUUAUACUUGAUUGAUAUUAAGGAAAAUAAGGACCGAUACAUAAAAGGUCAUGCCAAGAAAGAAACUUGCAUCAGAUUUGACGAACUCUUCUCUAUGGAUACAAUUAUGGUAACAAUGUGUUUUCUCCAAUCACCAUCGUGCCACCGGAUGCAAAUAGGGAUAAACAGAGAGCCAAGCAAGAUCGAGAGGAACUUAGAGCAUCUCCAAGAGUUCCCUAAAUUCCACUUGCCAAAUCUUCUAUUUUAGCAACUUGAUAAAAUAUUUGCCAAGUCAAAAUUUGUUGUUUCUCCAAGAGUUUGCUAUUUGGGCUUGCGAAACUAAAAAAUGAGGCCCACAAACCGGCUUUUGGUCCGACGGAAUUAACAGGCAGGGGCUGUCACCGAUUGUUUUCUGGCAGCCGGUGCACCCGCGACCGUAUUCCUUGCCGCCGCCGCCGCCGAGGUGAACGAUCAACUCCUCGUGAGAUCAAGGCUGCGUGAGUCUCCCUCCUUUGUGAGAUCAACCAGCGUCAGUCACAUCAAGGCAGCAGGGUGCGUCACUCCCUCGCACAGGUAAUUCACGAACCUCCUAUCCGAUAUUUUUUUUUGUUUUUUGUUCAUACAACUUCGAAGGACUGCUGAUGUAGACAGUAAUUCCUCACGAAUCAUGCCUAGGAAGAGAUCUCUUCUCCAAAAACAAUUGGAUGAUUCAUCAUCCGAUGACGAUUGUUCUAUAAUAUUAUCGGCUGCUCAAAUUUUGCAAAUCGCUAGCAAGGAAAAAGGGCCACAUGGUGGAUCUGUCAAAGGUCACAAAGUUAUUUACCGUGAUAGAGAAGCCGGCCAUGAAAGGAUGUAUCAAGAUUAUUUGGCUGAAAAUCCAACAUAUGGGUCCGAAUUAUUCCGUAGAAGGUUGUUCAUAAUAAUUUUUAGAUAAAAUUGUUAUAUUUGAUCUCAUAUUUAUUUGUGUAAAUAUUUUGGUUAUUUUGGUUCAGGUACCGGAUGUCUAGGAAUCUUUUCUUACGCAUAAUGAGUGAUGUAGAAGACCAUGAUGACUACUUUGUGCAGAAAAGAAAUGCAGCUAAUGUUCUUGGCUUGAGUUGCUUCCAAAAAGUCACUGCGGCAAUGCGUAUGCUGACUUAUGGAACAGCUGCUGAUGCGGCAGAUGAGUAUGUUCGUAUUGGUGAAAGUACAACGCUGGAGAGCCUGCGUCACUUCGUUCGUGCAGUUGUUGAGCUGUAUGAAGAUGAAUACCUCAGGCAACCCAAUGAGGCGGACACAACACGAUUACUUGCAAUGGGUGAGAAAAAAGGAUUUUCAGGAAUGUUAGGGUCCAUUGACUGCAUGCAUUGGGUGUGGAAGAAUUGUCCAUAUGAUAAGCAGGGUCAGUACAAGGGCCAUGUAGAUAAGGCCACCAUCAUUUUGGAGGCUGUUGCUUCAGAUGACCUUUGGAUAUGGCAUGCUUUCUUUGGAUUGCCCGGGUCUCAUAAUGAUAUCAAUGUUCUUCAUAGAUCACCUUUGUUUGACAACCUGGCAGAAGGUAGAGCUCCAGCAGUUAACUUUUCUGUCAAUGGCCACGACUACAACAUGGGUUAUUAUCUUUCAGAUGGCAUAUACCCAUCUUGGGCUACUUUAAUUCAGUCUAUCAGUCGUCCUAUGGGUAAUAAGCAGCAAUACUUUGCCAAAGCGCAAGAAGCAGCAAGGAAAAUGGUGGAGAGGGCAUUUGGCGUUCUUCAAUCUAGGUUCGCCAUUGUUCGUGGUGGGGCACGUUUUUGGGACAUUGAGACAUUAACACUAAUCAUGAGGGCUUGUGUUAUCAUGCAUAACAUGAUCGUCGAAGAUGAAGGAUUCAUGGUGGACCAUAAUGAGUCAUUCGAUUAUGGAGGUGAGACUGUGGAACCUGCACGUGGCCGGCUAGCUCGCACGCUUGAUGAAUAUAUUGAAGCACAUCAGCAAAUCAGAAACAAAGACACCCAUGUGCAACUGAAAGAAGAUCUCAUCGAACAUCUUUGGAACCAUCAUCCAGAUUUGUACUCAUACAAAAUAUGAGCCUUAUUUUGUAUUAAUUUAGCAUUACAAAAAUUUUACAAAGUAUUUCGUGGCUUGGAUAUACAUAAUGUUGGUUGCCUCAUCAGUGUAAAAGAAUGCUGCAAAUGCUUGUGCUAUUGAUGGCAGCACAAGGCGUUCCCUGCCCUGUACAAGCUUGGCAGAACGAAUUUUCCAACUCAAUGUUUACAUAAUGAAAUCAG